AUGGAAGAAUUGCUUAGGAGAAUUGAAGCAGAAGGACAUGCUUAUCUUGACUUUACAAAAGUUCAAAUUUUUGUUAAUGGCCUUUAUCCAGAAUAUUGUAUCCAUGUAUCUACUUUGACUUUGGCCAAUUUUCCUGAUGCAUACAGUAGAGCGAAAGUAUAUGAGACUAACCUUAUAAUAGUGAAUCUUCUGGCCUUAACUAAUCUGAUAGAAGCUGCAAUUUAUAAAUUGACCAAAGUUAGAAAUGUUAUAAUGUCUCAA